GUUCCCUCCUGAAACAUGCUUUAAUAGAGAAAGUAUGCAAUGCAUACUGCUCAGCUACAACCCCCAAUUAUACUGCAACUGGGGUAUUCGUGACUGGACGUCUGGGGGGAUCACACACAUUUCCGAUUAGAGGAGGAGAGACAGAGAGGAGGAGGGAGGGAGAGAGAGUUUACCCUUUCAAUCCAGCCAAUGAGACGGUCGAUACACUAAGAUUUUCAUAGUUGUGCAGAAGCACAAAGUGAGCUGACUGUGUGAACUUCCAGGUGAAACUGCAAAACCGUCUCAAGCCCUCAAGGCCGCUCCUCCAGGCUUUGAUGCCCACACUCUCUGAAACAGGUGGACAGACGCAGGCAUGAGUAACAGUGGGACCAAAGAGCCGUCUCCCCAGCCGAGCACUGCCCAGUCACCUCCUGAGCCUCAGCGCAGGGGCAGGGGUCGGCCAAAGAAACAGCAGCAGGAGCCUGUCGGACCACCGACUCCAAAGCGACCGAGAGGACGACCGAAAGGCAGCAAGAACAAAGGCCCCAGAUCUACACUUAAGAAAGCAGAGCCGGUGGGGGAGAGACGACCACGUGGGCGACCAAGGAAAUGGCCCCAGAAAGUAGUUCAAGAAGUAACUGAGGAGCAGCAGGUGAGGAAGAUAACAUCUUAGAAGAGCACGUUUGUU